GACAGAGCUCAGUGGUGCAAUCCCCGCAAUCUGCCGGUAGCCAGUGGUCUCUUGUUGUUGUUGCAUCCGUAGUGCCCACCAUGGCCGCGAUCCACGUCCUACAGGGUAUCGCGAUCAUCAUCGCGAUCGUUGUCUGCACCGACGGAUACAUCGUCGAGCCGGGGCCCGUUGUGAAGGCCACCAAAGGGGAAGUGUGGCCGAAACCGCGGAACCAAACCACGACCCAGCACUUCAGCGUAAUCAAGGCCGGUUCGUUCCGUUUCCAGGCGACCAACUACACCUGCGACAUCCUGACCAAAGCCCUCGAUCGGUACCAGAAAAUUGUGCUGUCAACGGGAAACGCUAGCAGCCGGCGAGUGGCGAGGAACCGAGGAUUCUCCUCGCCCGUGACCAACGAUAUCCGCGACGGACAUCGGACCUGGCGUGCGGACAACAACUUCGUUGACUAUCUGGAGGAGGUGACCGUGGACCUGAAAGCGCCCUGCGAAGCCCUGCCGUACCUAGGAAUGGACGAGGAGUAUUCGGUCACGGUCAACGACUACAGUGCCACCAUUUCAUCGUUCUCCGUGUGGGGUAUCCUUCGGGGAUUGGAAACAUUCUCGCAGCUGGUGGUCCUCUCCGACGAUGGCAGUACGCUACGGGUUAAUUCGACGACGAUCUCCGAUGGUCCCCGGUUUUCGCACCGUGGCCUUCUGGUGGACACUUCGCGCCACUUUGUCGACACGCGCACGCUGGUGAAGAUCCUGGACGGGAUGGCCUACAAUAAGCUGAACGUGUUCCAUUGGCACAUCGUGGACGACCACAGCUUCCCGUACGAGAGCCGCGUCUUCCCGGAGCUGAGCGCCCAGGGUGCGUUCCACCCGUCGAUGGUGUACUCGCAGGCGGACAUUGCGAUGAUCAUCGAGCAGGCGACGUUGCGGGGUAUCCGGGUGAUGCCGGAGUUUGACACGCCCGGCCACACGCGCUCCUGGGGCGUGUCGCAUCCGGAGCUGCUGACCGCGUGCCAGGAUCAGUACAAGGGGAAACUGGGGCCGAUGGAUCCGACCCGCGAAUCGACCUACACCUUCCUGGCGACCCUGUUCCGCGAGUUGAUCGGCGUGUUUCCCGAUCGGUACGUACAUCUAGGCGGUGACGAGGUGGGCUUCGAGUGCUGGGCCAGCAACGCCAAUAUCCUGGAGUUUAUGAAGCAGAACCGACUGUACUCGUUUGAGAUGCUCGAGGAAACGUUUAUUCAGCGGAUCGUCGAUCAGAUCGACGUGCUGAAUCGCAGCUCGCUGGUGUGGCAGGAGGUGUACGUGAACGGGGUGCGGCUUCCGAAUGGCACGGUGGUCCACGUGUGGACCGGAAACCGGCAGGAUUUGCUCAGUAAGAUCACCCACGAUGGGUUGCCGGCGCUACUGUCGUCCUGCUGGUACCUGGACCACCUGAGCACCGGGGGCGAUUGGCGGAAGUUCUACAACUGUGAUCCGCACGAUUUCGUCGGCACCGGAGCCCAAAAGGCGUUGGUGCUGGGCGGUGAGGCGUGCAUGUGGUCCGAGGUUGUGAACGACCACAACAUACUGCCCCGGAUUUUCCCCCGUGUUUCGGCCACGGCCGAGAAGCUUUGGUCACCGGCGACCGUGGACAAUGCGGACCUGGCUGCCCACCGGCUGGAGGAGCACACGUGCCGCAUGAACCACCGUGGCAUCCCGGCACAGCCCCCGAACGGACCGGGAUUCUGCAUUUAAAAACGGCCCAAU